AUGGCAGAAAGAGUUGAUUGCGGAAUUUGUGGAGCCUUUCAGAGCGAAGGGGGAAAUGACACCUUUCGGUCAUACAGGAAAAACAGUAUUCCUAGACAAGUUUCGACCGACAACAAUUAUUACGAUUUGGGACGCUUGGAGUCUCCUUUGGAGUUACGCCCAUCGGCCUUCAAAGAAGGUGACAGUAGAGGAGCAAAUCGAUUAUCUAUAUGGGAGUCGGGAACGCUUAAUAGAGAGUAUCAUGGCAAUAUGACCAAAUACAAAUUUGUGUCCAUCAACAGUGAACCUCACAUACUCAGAUCAAGUAUCGAAACGGAAGGGAAAAGAUGUGAAAUUCAUGAUGGGCUCGUCGAUUCGUUGUCCAGCGCCAGUGAAUGUGAAGGCAGUAAAGACAAGAAUGGAGAACAUGCAGACGUUACGUUGGGCAAAGAAUGUGAUGGAUGUCCUAACAGUGGAACAAUUGAAAGAACGCAGGCAUCCUUUGGGAAAUUGCGCAGAAUUGGGUCCCCGGGAGGCGAUGUUUGGAAAAAGAUUGUCCCUCAGAAAACGUGUCGUUCUAUACACGCGCACUCUCGCUAUCCCGAAGAAGUGUCAUCAAAAACCGGCAGUCAUGGAAGCAUGUCUCAAGUGCGAUUAUGUGAAGACAAAAAUGGAAGAACAUCGAGUUGCAACGAUCCGCUCAUCUUAGUUGAUACAUUUGAAGAUAAAUCUCGUAUUGCAACCUUAAUUGAUUAUAAAGUUCUUAAUAGUGACCCGGAAGAACUAAUUUAUUAUAUAAGACGUGUCGCUGAAUUUGGCUUUGAUCAUAUAAUUAUUAUUGGGGAGACCAAAUAUGGAAUGAUAUUUUUAGAUUGUUAUGGUCGUGUUUUUCAGUGGGAUGACGAGGGUCAAAUGUUAUGGCCACUUGGUAAUUCUCCUGAAGAAGUACCGAAACGCUUAAUUAAAGGGGAAGAUCAGUUGAGAUGGUUUGUAGCGAACGGAAUUGUAUAUGAGUAUAUUACUAAAUGGCAAGAUUUCUAUUAA